AUGCCGUCGUACAAGAAUAUCGACUCAUACUUAGAUCAAAUCCAGAAGGAUAAGACUCCUGUUCUUGGGCUGACGGUCGGAAAGCGUCAGGAUGUGACUCCGGGUGUCAAAAUACCAAAAGCCGACGCCCAAAACCCUCCUGAACUACGCCUGCCCCAAUCUCUCGCCUCAUCAAGCGAUACCUACCUCAUGAUCGCAAUCGACAUCGACGCCCCCUUCCCCUCCUGGCGCGGCCUAGGUCCGAUCUUGCACUGGGUCCAACCAAACCUCAAACUCGACCCUGCUACCGGCCGGUCUACUGGCAGCUCCGUCCGCUGA